CCAAGCAUGAGCACAGCCCCCUCAUCGCGGCGCACCACAUUGUCGCUCGCCGCCGUCCUCAUCGUCUUCGUCCUCAUCGGCUCGAGCCUCCACCACGUCCAGCGGCGACAUGCAGCACCGGCGACCGCACCCUCGAUGGCCUACAGGGCCCACCUCGAGGCCACCACCUCGCCCGAGUCGCAGCGCACCCAUUCCCCAACCCUCACCUUCGACCACAUCUACGUCCUCUCGCUCCCGACCCGCCUCGACCGCCGCGACCAGAUGACGCAGCUCGCCCGCGCACACGGCCUCGAGAUCACCUUUGUCGACGCCGCCAACAAGAACGAGCCUUUUAUCCGCUGGAUCGCAGAGCGCGCCGUCGAGGUUCGCAGGGACCGGCUCAAGAUCAUGGCCAAGGCGCAAGGCGUCGACGAGUCGUCGUUCGGCGGGCUCCACAUCGGCAACGACUGGCUCGUGCAGACGCCGUCGCCCACCUCGGACAGCCCGUUCCCGCCUCGAGACGACAAACGGUUCGCGCCGACGGGCAACUGGGUCGAGUACCUCGAGGCGCACGACGCGGCGGGCACGCUCGCGGCGCUCGUGCCGGACGACCCGCACCUGAACGUGACGGCCGCGCUGUGGGACGCCAACGAGCGCAUUGCGGGCCGCCAGGUCAACGAGGGCGUCAUCUCGACGUUCUGGGGCCACACGCGCGCGAUCAAGAAGGUGCUCGAGAACGGCGACCGCAGCGCGCUCAUCCUCGAGGACGACGUCGACGUCGAGUGGGACCUCGAGCGCCUGUGGAGCCGGAUCGAGCGGCGCUUGCCCGACGACUGGCACACGAGCUUUCUCGGGCAUUGCUGGGGCAAGGAGAUGCUCAAGCCGCAGUACCUCCACCCGCACUUGCACCGCUCGACCAACCCGCUGUGCCUGCACGCCUACGCCCUGUCGUCGUCGGGCGCCCGUCGCGCCCUGUCGCUCCUCCUCAACCCGUGGACGGCGUACCAGACGGCGGUCGACACGGCCGUGCCGUCCUUCAUCUCGUUCGGGCUCGUCAACUCGUUCAGCGUCGACCCGCCGUUGAUCAUCCAACGCAAGGACGGGCCGAGCGACAUCCAGCUCGGUGUCGGGAGCAAGUGGCGGGGCCUGCUCAUGGACUCGACGGUCGAGCGCAUCCGCAGGGCAGAAGGGCUCGAGGUGUGGGAGGACGUCUUUGACGAGGGCAACCUCGACCCGGCCACUGUCUUCCGGUACGGCACGAGCAAGAAGUGCCAUGCAUGAGCCUCUUCCCCUUUCCCUCUCUCUUCUCUCGCCGCAUAGCAUUCACCUCUUGAAUACCCUCCCUCUCGCAUCUCCUUUCCCGCAUACCCACCUGUCGUACUCCCUCGCUCGUCAUUAUCGUCGUCGGACCUCUCUCCAUCCUCCUCCUCGUAGACGCUCUCCUUCCCCUCGCGGGUUUUCUCUCUCUUCCUCGAGCUGCAUUAUCAGGCGCUGGUCGCUCUCUCUUUCC